AUGGUUUGUUUCAGAACUUCAUCAAACAGUUCCUGGAUUUAUCCCACUGUGAUCCUCUGCCUAUUUGGGUUUUUCUCCAUGAUGAGACCCUCAGAACCAUUCCUUAUCCCAUAUUUGUCUGGGCCAAGUAAAAACCUGACCAGCUCAGAGAUCACAAACAAGGUCCUCCCAGUAUGGACAUAUUCCUACCUGGCACUGCUGCUCCCUGUGUUUGUGCUCACUGAUUACGUCCGAUACAAGCCGGUCAUCGUCCUACAAGGGAUCAGCUUCAUUGUUACCUGGCUGCUGCUCUUGUUUGGCCAAGGAGUAAAGGUCAUGCAGGUUGUCGAGGUCGUCUUUGGGAUGGUCUCAGCCACCGAGGUGGCCUACUAUGCCUACAUAUACAGUGUGGUCAGCCCAGAGCACUAUCAGAAGGUGAGCGGCUACUGUCGGAGUGUCACGCUGGUGGCCUACACAGCGGCCUCAGUGCUGGCCCAGCUCUUGGUAUCCCUGGCGAACCUGGCCUACUUUUACCUCAAUGUCAUAUCCUUGGCCUCUGUCUCUGUGGCCUUCUUUUUCUCACUUUUUCUACCAAUGCCUAAGAAGAGCAUGUUUUUCCAUGCAAAGCCCAACAAAGAAGCUCCUCGAAAGCCCCUGGGUCAGGAUGCAGUCCUCGAGGUAGCUCAUGAGGACCACAUCACAGCUCACCAAGAACCGUUCACCAUUUCCGGGAAUCUGGAGGGCAGUCAGCUGGGCAACUCAAAGCCAGGAAAUGGGGCUUUGAGGAACUUCGUGCAGUGGUUCCAGGAUCUGAAGGAGUGCUACUCCUCAAAACGCCUGUUCUACUGGUCCCUCUGGUGGGCUUUGUCCACUGCAGGUUUUAACCAGAUUUUGAACUAUGUUCAAAUCCUGUGGGAUUACAAGGCACCAUCUCAAGACUCUUCCAUCUAUAAUGGGGCAGUAGAAGCUAUUGCAACAUUUGGAGGGGCUGUGGCUUCCUUCACUGUGGGUUAUGUGAAGAUCAACUGGGAUCUUCUGGGAGAACUGGCUCUGGCCGUCUUCUCAGUGGUUAGUGCAGGUGCUCUGUUCCUCAUGCAUUAUGCACUCAGCAUCUGGCCAUGCUAUGCUGGCUAUUUGAUAUUCAAGUCCAGCUAUAUGCUUCUUAUCACCAUAGCAGUCUUUCAGAUCGCAGUUAAUCUGAGUGUGGAACGCUAUGCUCUGGUGUUCGGAAUGAACACCUUUAUUGCCUUGGUGAUUCAGACCAUCAUGACUGUGAUCGUAGUAGACCAGAGAGGGCUGAACCUGCCAAUCAGCACCCAGUUUUUAGUGUACGGGAGUUAUUUUGCAGUCAUUGCCGGAAUUUUCUUAAUGAGGAGCAUAUAUAUUCUCUACUCAGCUAGAAGGCAAAUGGAAGUGCAGAGCCCUGCAGCAAUUCAGAGAUCAACUGGGCCACACCCACAGGAGCCAAGCAACACCCUAUCAACAAAGCUCUAA